AUGUUCUUAAAGGUCUUCACAUCGGCGCUCUUCCUUUCCACUCUCAGCAAUGCACAAGCGGUCGAUCUCGGCACUGCUGGGGCUUAUCUUGUUCUUGCUGGCCAACAAGUGACAAACACAGGCCCAUCAGUUCUUAUUGGUGGUAACGUUGGAGUCUAUCCCGGGACGGCUAUCACGGGCUUCCCUCCUGAUCAACCUACUGGUGGAACAAUCCACAGCGCUGAUGCAGAUGCGCUUCAAGCGCAGUCCGAUCUGGUGACUGCCUAUAAUGAUGCAGCUGGCCGGGCACCUACUGCUUUAGUAGCAGGGGAUCUUGGUGGUUUGACGCUUGUGGCUGGUACAUACAAGUCCACAAGUACCUUAGGGAUUACAGGCACUCUCACACUUGACGGUCAAGGAAAUCCAGAUUCAGUUUGGAUCUUUCAAGUGGCAUCCACUCUAAUCACUCAAAGUGCCUCCCGAGUUAUAUUGGUCAACGGUGCCCAACCUUGCAAUGUCUUCUGGCAAGUGGGAAGCUCUGCGACCCUGGGAACAGGAAGUACUUUUGUUGGGACCAUCAUGGCACUCACCUCUAUCACGGCCACCACAAACGCGUUGUGUCACUCCGGUGACGUCGACAUCAACCACUUCGACGACAUCAACCACUUCGACGACAUCAACCACUUCGGCAACAUCAACCACUUCGGCAACAUCAAUCACUACGACCACGCUGCCCAUCAUUACACUGCCCAUCAUCGGACCCAUUACGCUGCCCAUUGGGCCCAUUUUAAGCGGCGGCAUUGGCAACAACAACAACAACAACAAUGGCAAUGGCAACAAUAA